AUAUAAUUGACUUUUUAAAGUUGUAUUUUUUUAAUAAGACAAAAUUAAGCUGGCUUUGUAGCUUAAGUACUACUAUAAGGUACUAUUGUUUGACUUCAUUUUAUGCCUGUUUGGGAUGUAUCUUUUAGUCUCCGCACAUAGGUUGCUAUAUAUAAGUUGGUAUCAAUAAGGAAAAAUUGGUUUUUGCAAAAGAUGAUGCAAGGUAUCUGCCAUUUCUUUUCCCUUAGAACUUAACAUCAUAUCUUCUGUUUCAUAGGAAUGUAGGUCACAAUCACGUAUAAAAGAGAAAAAAGGAAAGAAAUGAAAAUUGCCUCUUUCCUUUAAAUACCUAUAUUUGUAUGUGCGGAAUUGUUACUAGAAUCAUUGCAUCUAUUUGUUGAUUAAGUUGAAUCAGCUUUAGAGACACUAAAUUUUUUACUGAAGCUGUUUUGAUGCUCGUUGUGCUGUAGGUGGUAUUCCAUGCAUUUUGCUGACUGUCUGUCUUACCUGAUAUGGUUGUUUCUUUAAGUUUAGUGUCUAUAUUUAUUGGAAAGGUAUUAAGCCUAUUAUGUUUUGAUUGUUAUAUAGUGAUAUUGUAUUUAGUUUUGAUUAAGAUGAGUCAUCCAGAAGGAUUAGUUUCCUGAAGAUUGUUAUUUUCUUCUCGUAUCUAAGAUCUUUAAUUGCUGCUUUCUUCUCUGAAUGGGAGGUUUGGAUGUCUAAGUCCCAUAUUGCGUAUUCAAUGCACCACUUCAAAUGUGGCUUCACUUUGCAGGGCAAAAUGAUUAACAAACGGCCUUUUGGUGGUGAGGAUUCUUAUGAGGUUGCUUGUAAGCACCCAAGACAAUUGGAACAUUCUAAUGAGGAUAUUUUUCCUUUUAAUGGUGCUCCCCAGAAAUUUCAAAUUUCAGAUGGUGAAGGUGAUGGUGAUGGUGAUGGGAGUUUUAGUAAAUGUCCAGAUGAAGGAAGGUUUGCAAGUGUCUUGGGAACUUCAGUCUCAAAUGACACCUACAAAGAACUUGAAACUGGUGCUUCUGGAAGCUUUGCCCGGUUUUUGUGGUCCAACAGCAGCAUUAUUGAAGCUAAUGUAAGACCUGAGGCAGCAUCUCAUCUAUCAUUAUUCCCAGAAUUUUUUGCACCUGUAAACCAAUGGAGGGCUUUACUUCAUUCUGACAAGAUCUGCUCAUCUCCUGUUGAUUAUCCUCCUCGAAAGCUAGUUUCUAUUGGUGCUCAGCAUCAAGCUCAUGUUCCAGUAUGGGGCUUUGAGGGUUCACACGCUUCAGUUCAUCUAGAGAAAUUGGAUCCUCAACAUGAGCCUUCAUGUACUUCCAGUCAGGAUCUUGUUCUCGACGUUAACGAGGAGAAGCUGAUGGGCACCCGUGUCAUUUCUAUGCCUGACCUUGAAGCAUCUGCAGCAAACUAUUUCUCUGAAGAUGUGGGAGCUAGAAGCAACUGUAAGUGUGGUGAUGCAGGUUCUGUUAGAUGUGUGAGACAACAUGUCAUGGAAACAAGAGAGAAACUAAAAGAAGACCUUGGAGAGCACCUAUUUGAAGAGUUGGGAUUUUAUGAAAUGGGAGAGGGGGUUGCAGAUAAAUGGACUAAAGAGGAAGAGCAUGCCUUCCAUGAUGUUGUCCUCUCUAACCCUGUAUCAUUGGGUAAGAACUUCUGGCACCACCUCUCCGUGGCUUUUCCUUCCCGAACACAUAAAGACCUUGUCAGCUAUUAUUUUAAUGUUUUCAUGCUCCGUAAACGGACUGAGCAGAAUAGGUUUGACCCUCUAAACAUUGACAGUGACGAUGAUGAGUGGCAAAAAAGUGAACUUGGAACCGUAGAGGAUGAUGAAGACUCUGGGGUGGAAUCUCCUGUCAAUCUAGAUGCUUCUGCCUAUAAUCAGGAAGAACACUUAGAGGGUUGCUAUGAACACAUUGAGGAUGCAUAUGACGUAGAUGGUUGUAGAGAUGGCAACGAUGUGGUUGAUUGCAUUUUAAUGAAGGACAAGGACGGGGGUGAUAUAGAUGAUGGCUCAGGAGCUCAUGUUGGGAGUUCCCCUGGUGAUUCUGGUGGUACCGAAACUCAGAUUUUGGACAAGAUUGCUAGCAAUAACAGAGAGCAUUAUGAUAUUCAAGAUGAUUCUUGCACAUCAUAUGAGUAUCAGCGAGACAGUUGAAUUCUUUUGUCCUCUUAUUGACAGAAAUGGUUCAAGAGACUGCAGUGUAGAAUGACGUGAUCCUUUUCUGAGUAAGUACAAUAAGCAUCGUGACUGACCUAUGAGCUUUUGAAUGAUAAAGUUCAAGAAGAAGCAAAAUAAGGAUGAUAAGGUGGCAAGGGGCAGAGAUGAACUACACUAAGAUUACUAAUUCCCAGUACUGUUGUUCCAUUGAAGCCAGCUUUGGGCUGUAUGAACUCUUUAAAUCCUCCUUUCAGGAUUUGGGGAACCCUGAAGGAGGAUUUUCAAAUGGACGAUAGAUUAUUAACCCUUCAAAGAUGCAAGUAGUUUUCUUUCAAUUUUUUCACUUCUUGGAAGAAGGCAGCUACAGACGUAGAUUUUUAGUGCAUGAUGGAUGUCCAUGGGUUAGUCAAAGGGACGGCCAUGGUCGAUGGACUUUUUCUUCAGUGAACAGGGUGCAAUUUCUUUACCUGUGGGACAUAGAUCCUGUUUUUUUUCUUGUGAGGAUGAGAUGUGAGAAUGUGAAAGUUUUCAUUGGAAAUGAAUCAAAUCAGCAGUUUGUUAUCAAAAAUUUCACUGUAUCUUUUUGGUAGUGUUGCAUUUGUCUAAGGUUCAUUCACAUUGUUUCUUUACCCUCAAGUUUUAUAUUUUGUUUUUGUUUUCAAAGACUAAAUGCUGAGCAUUCUUCUGUGUACUCAUCAAAACAUGGGACUGGGGGUGGUUGAAAACAAGGAAAUGGCUGUGGGUGAAAACAAGGGAAGGCCAGGCAUUUCCUUGCAAAUUAUGUCAUAGCCAAGCAUCAACUUGUGCUCUUUGUUGUUA